AUGGCAGCUAACCGGCCCAUCUCGCCAACCUUUGGUGAUUCCCUCCCGCGGACGAGCGCGCAACCUUCGGGUUUCACCCCUCUACCGCCUAUCCGCCGGACGUCGACGUUUGACUUGAUGUCGAGGAAUAGGCCCGACGAGGACGAGGACGGCCGGGCCUCGCCGGCCGGGCCUGCAGAUGAUAGCAUACCUCCUCCCCCUAUAGAAAAGGAAGAGACCUAUCUCAACGGCAAUGGCCAAAUACCCGGCCGGGGGCAGUUCAACCAAUCUCAUAAUUUCGUCCACGCUCAGCAGCAUUCCACCCACGCCGCCAGCUCGUCCCAGUAUCCUAACGGAUCCGCCGUGGGCGGAGGCAUACACCAGACUGGAGGAGCUCAGCAGCCAGCCCUUGCGGGCAUGGCGCGAGCCGGACCCGUGCCGGGGUCUUUCCCUGUGAAUAGCUCCCGCCAGCCUUUCGUCUCGCAGAUGGGAGGCAAUCCUAUUCAAAAAUUCCCGCUUGGCGGGCAGUGGAAGUUGGAAGAGUCUCAUCUCUCGGAACCCCUCAUCCAGCAUAAGAAUCGACCCGGUGCGAAUAGCCCGCCUCAGCAACACUUAGCCAACUUUGCGUACGACAAGGAGACUGAAGACGUGCCGAUAUCAAAGGCGCAGGGUUUCAUGCAGAUGCGACUGAGGAAUAACAGUGGCAGCAUACCUCCAGUCUCGGCAGAGCGUUACCGUAACCUCUUCGUCCCCCACGGGCCCGACCAAUUCCAAGGUCAACCUCCACAACCGGUCGGCGCCCGGAGGGUACAGGGACAGGCCAUUAGCAACGCCGGACAGAGUCGGAGGGGAGAGCCGGAUCAUAACAAGGAAAUGGAUGUCCAUGUCGACGAGGUCUCACCCUCGAGCGAGGAACACCCUAGUGGGGGCAGGCGAGGCUCGGGAUUCUUCAGCCUGUCCAAUCGUCGCAACGUGGGCCCAGAACAGAGCUCGGAGAAUUCGGACCAAGUUCCGCUUUGGAAGGAAAAGAGGUCGCUCUUCAGCGCCGUGACUAGCCACGAUAAAUCCCAAACAAAACAGAAAUCCAACCCCGGCUUUGCGAAAACCUCGACGUGGGAUCACGAUGACGCGCCGGAGUCGUCGUCGAUAAGGAAGCGACUUUCCGAGCUACGAGGGAUGAUUGGAGCGGUCGGUAACGUGAAGGAUGGAGCAAGGGAUGACCAGCCGGCGAAGCCCGGCAGCUCGUACUCGUCAACACCUUCACUGCAGGGGUUAACGCGGAUGCAGACUGGCGGUUCGCAAGGGAUGCAGGCGCCCACGGGACGGCCCGGAUUGCUGGGGCUAUCCUCGGCCUCGACUGGUCGGGAUAGUCCCAGCGGGCCCCGGCCAGCUCACGUACAGCCAACCCAGGGCGAGGAUGAUCGCGAGAAGAAGUCCGGCAAGUUCUUAGGCGGGCUGUUCAACAAGCAAUCAUCGAAGCCCUCGGAGUCAAAGCCACAACAAACGGGUCCCCAGGCCGUGAUGCCGAUUCAGCAGUCGACGCAAGCGGGUCAACACGUCGGACCCGGGCAGUAUCCCACGUAUGCCGGCCAGCCCGCGACAAGCGGCCAUCUCGCUGUGCAAAAUCCUCUGCAGUCUCCCGUUUCGCCCCAAUUCUUCGGGACGGCGCAAGCGGUCGUGAUGCGCCGACCCGCCGAGAUCACAGUAUCCCAGAACCAACCAGGCGCGACGCAGCAGUUGUAUGGCCAUUGGGUCCAUGGAUCACAAGCGAAUGUGGCGCAACCUGCUGAGCGAGACUCCAGCGACAACAAUUCGUUUAAGCGAUCCGGGGGGGAUGAGAAUUUUGUGGUUUCUGGCUUGCCUUCGAAAAUCACCCCGUAUCUCUCAGAGCGACCCUCCCAAGAUCGUCUCGAUAUCGGCGGGUCGUCGUCUGCACCUCGGACGUUUCCUAGUAGGAAGCCUGUAGGCUCUGGCCCCGUAAAGCAGGAUGGCCCGUCAACCACGCCUGGCCGACCACCAGAGAGACCUGUCCAGCCAACGAUCAACGUGAAGGUCGAGGGUUCUGGGUCUCGACAUCAGAGCCCCCAAGACGAAAGUAGACUCUCGAGUCACCCACCGUCUGGUCAGCAAAGUCCUACCCUCGGAAAGCUGGAAGAUAUGCGCCAUACAUCACUCCCAUCUCCAGGACAUCCCCCCGUACCACCUCUGCCGUCGCCAGCUAACCAAAGGGGAUCUCCAACAGCCUCGGCUCAACCGCAAGUACUAUCCCGAGGACCGCCUGGCGCGUCACAGCCAGGCCAGGCCCAAACGCCUUCUCUCCCGUCACCCUCAGGGCCCGGCCCCCAGCAAAAUUCACGACAAAAUCCCCAGGUCUGGGCACAGCAACGUCCGAGAGCACCUUCGCAUAGUGGACAGGCGUUGUCGUCAAAGUCGUCCGGCGGUCCUGCCCAGGUCCCAGAUCAGCAAAACACCAUCGCGAAAUUUUUCGGAGUUGAUAGCAAAGGGAAGGCGAUUCCUGGCCAGGCUUCGCCGGCGACGAAGGAGAAGAGCGCGGCACAUAAGCUGCUUGACGCUUUCAAGCGAGGUAGCAAGCAAGCCGAAUCGCACCAGCACAAGCCUUCGUCGGGGCGCCAAACCCCUACCAACAUGAUGCGCACCCAGCAGUCAAACCAGCCCCAGCAGCCGGGCCGCCCGAUGAUCAGCGGCCCCUCGCCGGCAGGCCCCCUAGGACCCAUGAGUGGUCUGCCGCAAACACCGGUACAAUCCGGUCAAGGUCGUGGCCAGACGGCAUCCCCCCCCGGGCCGAGCGGCUACAGUCGAAUGUCUCCCCCAAUGAUGCACGGAGCAGGGGCUGGGCGCGGCCAGCCCGUAAGUCAAGUACAGAAACCGCCCCAGUCCCAAGGUUCACAACCUCAGACGACAGGUCAACCACGCCGGACAUCUACCCAGAAAUUCGAGCCCCAGUACGGUCAAGUCCCCAUCCCGCGCGGUUACGAGGCUGUCCACGGCUACGGCAACGCGGGAAUGGUAGCCCCCUCGCCCUACAACCUGGGCCGUCUUAGCCCACCACCUGUAUCACACCAGCAAUUUCAGUUCAUCCCGCGCCAAGGCGCCCCACCGCAGCAGCCAGGAAACUCCUACAGCCAACAUCCAGCUGUGCUGCAACCUGGCCAACAGCCGGUCUCAACGUCGUCACAGUCUCAUCGAGACUCGCCUAGCCAGACGGAUUCCGGAACCCCAACGCCUUCGGAGCAAGGCACUUUCUUAGACAUGGCCCCUACGCCGCCCCCACAAUCUCUAGAAGACCUUCAGCCCGAACGCCAGCCGAACCAGAACGCCCGACCAUUCCAGCAACCGCAGACACUGCCCGAGGCAGACCAGCGACGCGGCCCGGGUUUGGAUAUGAAUAUACCGUCUAGCUCGAACUGGGGCAGCGCCCCAGCCAGCGCCCAGAGUUCGCAUACGCUAAGGGCGCAGGAGUCUCUCGUCUACGGCGCAGCCGCCCAGCCUCACCCUCUCAACCCCAACUUCUCGCGCCCCAGCAUCGACAUCCAGCGAUCGCAGCCUCAGCACAUCGCCACUGCCAUGAGCACGCAGCAUCCUCUCGCUCUACAGCCCGGCCCUGGGCUUCCACCGUCGCUGACUGUGGGCCCGCCGUCACCGGCCCAGGCAGUUGACGACCGGAACGGCCCGACGUCCGGACGGCUCGUCAGCAAGAUGGCGGCUGUGGCUAACAACGGCGACGCGCCGGUGCCGCCCCCGCCCUCGUUCUCGUCUUACCUUAACCCGGAGGCGCUCGGUGACCGUGCGACCAGCGUGAGCCCGGAGCCGUCGGGCCCACGGCCGUACCAUCAAAUCUCGAGCACGAGCCUCAACAUCAACAUCGACCGCGCGAACGACGGCGGCGGCAGGGACGCCGACGAGGACAUUUACGACGCCACGCCGCGGCAGAACCCUCUUCCGUCUCCGCCCCAGUUUUCGCCACAGCAGUAUGCCCAAGAGCCACGGCAUGCGCAGAUGCAGAUGCACGAGACGGCAGCGAGAGAGAAUACCAAGUACGCGAUCACGAAUAUGAGCCGUCCAGGGAUGCCGCCCGGCAACAUGAUCGGGGGGGUAGGCGCUCUUGGGGGUGUCGCCGGUACUACGACGGCAGUGACGGCGGACGCGGCGAGCAGCACGCCGGUGGAGUCCACAGUGACAGCGUCGUCGUCGACUUCGUCGCUGCAGGGUUCGAGCCCGUCGCAAACGUCGUCGACCGCGGCGGCGGCAGCGUCAGCGCCGGUGCCGGUGGAGUAUCCGCACCACCACCACGAGCCGGAGGAGAAGAUACUGGUGGACCAGCCAGCGGAACUGGCGGCGGUCAACGACGACGACGACGGCAUUCCCAUGAUGAGCGCGACGUCGUACCCUGGACAGGAGUGGAACCCGUACGGGGCGGGAGAGUUUGGGGACUGGGAGUGA